AUGGCUCAACGCAUUGCCCUCAUCACCGGUACUGCCUUCACCUUACUACACGUUUAUCGAGCUAACAUCUCAGGUGCCAACUCGGGCGUCGGCCUCGCCACGACCAAAGUACUUGCCCGCACUGACGCCUUCCAUGUUAUCAUGGCGUGUCGGUCUCUUGACAGUGCCAACAAUGCCAAAACCGAACUUGAACAAUCCGGCAUUAACCCGGCGCAUCUCUCCACCGUCCAUCUCGACGUAACGGACCACGAAUCCAUCCGCGAAGCUGCCUCGCAAGUGUCUCAACGAUUCGGUCAGCUCGACAUCCUCGUCAACAACGCAGCUGUAGCGGGUUUAAACGCACUGGAUGAUCUCACACGUCGUAUGCGCAUGUGCAUGGAUACAAACGUGAUCGGACCAGCCGUGGUAUCUGAGACGUUCCGACCUCUGCUGGUGAAAUCGCCCAACGCGUACUCUAUCUACAUCACCAGUGGGGUUGGUUCGUUGACACUAGCGGCGGAUCCGACGUCAUUCACCUACCGUGGACCUGCGAAUGGAGAGGCCUAUCGAUCUAGCAAGUCGGCGUUGAAUAUGGUUGCAUUGCAGGAAUGGGUCCAUGUGCAGGAUACUAAUACCCCGUUGAAGAUCUUCAUGAUGUGUCCUGGUUUCGUGCGGUCGAACCUCCGUGGACAUAGUGAGGAGGCGAGGAGCGGAUGGGGCCAUGCGGGGGAUCCAGAUGUCUCUGGCGAAACGGUGCUAAGUAUUGUGCAGGGGGAGAGAGAUGCUGAUGUUGGAAAGAUUGUUCAUAAGGAUGGGGUGUAUCCUUGGUAA